GGCGGGGCCUUCCCAGGCGCGCGGCAAAGGCUCCCGGGGCCAGCCAGGCGGCGGGGCGGAGCCAGGCCUGCAGGGGCGGGGCCCGCGCGGCGGGGCGGGGCCUGCGGCGGACCGGCGGCAGCGGCGGCGCGGGGCCAUGGCGGGUAGCCAGCCUGGAGCCGGCAGGCGGGCGCUGCGCGCGGCGCAGGCCGAGGACGUGGCGUCGGCCUCCAGCUUCCACACCUUCGAGCUUCUGCACCUGCACCUGGACUUGCGGGCCGAGUUCGGGCCGCCGGGGCCGGGCCCGGGCAGCCGCGGGCUGAGCGGCUCGGCGGUGCUGGACUUGCGCUGCCGGGCGCCCGGCGGCGCCGCGGAGCUGCGGCUGGACUCGCACCCGUGCGUGGACGUGACGGCGGCGGCCCUGCGGCGAGGGCUGCCGGAGCCGGGGCGGCCGGAGCCGGAGCCCGAGCCGGUGCCGGUGUGCACGCAGCCCUUCUCGCACUACGGCCAGGCCCUGUGCGUACGCUUCCCUCAGCCCUGCGCCGCCGGCGAGCGCCUGCAGGUGCGGAUCACCUACCGCGUCGGCGAGGGACCCGGGGUGUGCUGGCUGGCUCCCGAGCAGACGGCGGGGAAGAAGAAGCCCUUCGUCUACACCCAGGGCCAGGCCGUCCUGAACCGAGCCUUCUUCCCGUGCUUUGACACCCCCGCUGUGAAGUGCAGAUACUCCGCUCUCCUCGAGGUUCCAGAUGGCUUCACCGCUGUGAUGAGUGCUGACGCCUGGGAGGAGCGCGGCCCCAAUAAGUUCUUCUUCCGGAUGAGUCAGCCCAUCCCCUCCUACCUGAUAGCCUUGGCCAUCGGAGAUCUGGUUUCGGCUGAAGUUGGACCCAGGAGCCGGGUGUGGGCUGAGCCCUGCCUCAUCAACGCUGCCAAGGAGGAGUACAACGGGGUCAUAGAGGAGUUUUUGGCAACGGGAGAAAAGCUCUUCGGACCCUACGUGUGGGGAAGGUACGACGUGCUCUUCAUGCCCCCAUCCUUCCCGUUCGGGGGGAUGGAGAACCCCUGCCUGACCUUCGUCACGCCCUGCCUUCUGGCCGGAGACCGCUCCCUGGCCGACGUCAUCAUCCACGAGAUCGCCCACAGCUGGUUUGGGAACCUGGUGACCAACGCCAACUGGGGGGAGUUCUGGCUGAACGAAGGCUUCACCAUGUACGCCCAGAGGAGGAUCUCCUCCGUUCUGUUCGGGGUCGACCCGGAUGACACCUACAACGAGACCCCCUACGAGAAAGGCUUCUGCUUUAUCUCCUACCUGGCCCACCUGGUGGGUGACCAGGACCAGUUUGAUGACUUCCUCAAGGCCUACGUGGACGAGUUCAAGUUCCAAAGCAUCUUAGCUGACGACUUCCUGGACUUCUUCCUGGACUAUUUCCCUGAGCUGAAGAAAAAGAGGGUGGAUUCCAUCCCGGGAUUCGAGUUUGAUCGCUGGCUGGACACCCCGGGCUGGCCGCCUUACCUCCCGGACCUCUCUCCCGGGGACUCGCUCAUGAGGCCGGCAGAGGAGCUGGCCCAGCUGUGGACGGCCCAGGAGCUGGACCCGAGGGCCAUCGACGCCGUGCCCACCUCUGCCUGGAAGACCUACCAGCUGGUGUACUUCCUGGAUAAGAUCCUGCAGAAGUCCCCGCUCCCUCCUGGGAACGUGAAGAAACUUGGAGAGAUGUACCCAAAGAUUUCAAACGCCCAGAACGCGGAGCUGCGGCUGCGAUGGGGCCAGAUUGUCCUCAAGAACGACCACCAGGAGGACUUCUGGAAAGUGAAGGAAUUCCUGCACAGCCAGGGGAAGCAGAAGUAUACGCUCCCGCUGUACCACGCCAUGAUGGCGGGCAGUGCGGCCGCCCAGACCCUCGCCAAGGAGACCUUUGCAGCCACGGCUCCCCAGCUGCACAGCAACGUGGUCCACUACGUCCAGCAGAUCGUGGAGCCCCUGGGCAGGUAGAGGUUCCCGCCCCGGCUCUGCAAGCUCGGCGCACAGCGGCUGCUCCAGGUCAAGGCCCCACGAGGGCACCUGAUCCCCGACCCUGGGCUUCUGCUCUGACGGGCCGGCCCUGGACCCGGCCUGUGACCGAGAACCUCCCUGCUCCCUGGGCUGGGGGUGGCAGGCCUCCCCUCCCCACUGGGGUCUCGGGAGAGCAGGCAUGGUUUUCUUUUUUCUUUCCUUUUUUAUUCUUUAAUUUCUUUUGCUGAUUUUUGAAAUACUGUGCCAAGGGCUGAUUUCUGGAGAUUCUUUUUUCAGGUUUAAUCAUUAUUUUAAUAAAUAUUUUAAAA